UGGAGCUGGAGAGCAAUUUGCCCGUCAGGUAUGUGUGGUUUGAAUUUCUUGGUUGCCUGUUAUUCUCCCCUCUCUUCCCUUCUCCUUUCCCCCCAUUUCCCCAUGCUUGGUCGCUUGGUUGCUUGGUUGCUUGGUUGCUCGCUUGCGUGCGUGCUUGCGUGCAUGCGUACUUGCAAGCAGCCGUUGCAUCUUCCCCCUAAACCUGCAUCUACACUUGCCUGCGUGCGUGCAGCAGCGCAACUCUACCCGCACCCCCGACCCCCCCGAUCUUCGAUGCAUACCUACACAGCACACAGCACGCACGCCCACAGCCAGAGCCAGCCAGAGCAGACCAGAUAGACCCGCGCUAACGCCCGCCACUGGGCGCUCCUCCGCAGCAACCUCAUCAAGCGCAUCAGAGAAAUGGCGGACGCGCAGCAGACGGCGCUGCAGAUGGGC